AUGCUGAAGCCCCGACAAACACCUUUCAGAGAUCUGAUCUCUCUCGACGGGCUUUGGAAGUUUGCUCUCGACUCCGGUGAUAAUGCAACAGCCGCACCCUGGACGGGUCCAUUGACCACAGAUCUCGAGUGUCCCGUUCCAGCCUCUUAUAAUGACAUCUUCGUCGAUCGUCAGAUCCGUGACCAUGUCGGAUGGGUUUACUACCAGCGCGAGGCUAUCGUCCCCAGAGCCUGGUCACAGCAGCAAUAUCUCGUAAGGGUUGAUGCCGCCACGCACCAAGGCCGCAUCUAUAUCAACGACAAUCUGGUCGCCGAGCACAGGGGAGGCUACACCCCUUUCGAAGCAGAUAUUACGGGUCUUGUCUCUGCUGGUGACAGCUUCCGCUUGACCAUUGCCGUCAACAAUGAGCUGACCCACGAGACUAUCCCACCAGGCAGGAUCGAGGUGGAGGAGUAUACAGGUAAAAGAGUACAGGUCUACCAGCAUGAUUUCUUUAAUUACGCUGGGCUUGCGCGCUCCGUCUGGCUGUAUUCUGUUCCGCAACAGCACAUCCAGGACAUCAAAGUCGUCACUCAUGUGAAAGGCUCUGCAGGGCUCAUCAAUUACCUCGUCACGGUCUCCAACUCGACGACAGGCCGCGUCAAGAUCGACGUGAUCGAUAAAGAUGGCACGACAGUUGCCGAAGCAUCAGGCGCACGUGGCUCUGUCACAAUAGACUCCGUCAAGCUGUGGCAGCCGGGUGAGGCGUAUCUUUACCAAUUUAGAGCCAGCAUAGUGGGGUUGAACGACAGUGUAGUCGACACCUACUGUGUUGAGACGGGUGUGCGCACAGUCAAGGUCAGUGGGAACAGGUUCCUCAUAAACGACAAGCCAUUUUACUUCACUGGCUUUGGGAAGCACGAGGACAGUGCUGUGCGCGGAAAAGGCUACGACCCAGCAUACAUGGUUCACGAUUUCCAGCUGAUGGAUUGGAUGGGAGCCAACUCGUUCCGCACCUCCCACUACCCCUACGCUGAAGAGGUCAUGGAAUUUGCGGACCGGCACGGAAUCGUCGUCAUUGACGAGACGCCCGCCGUCGGCCUGGCAUUCUCCAUUGGGUCUGGAGUUUCCAGCGAAGACAGUCCGCAGACUUUCACCCCGGAAGGGAUCAACAAUAACACCCGCGAAGCUCACAAGCAGGCGAUCCGGGAGCUCAUUGCUCGGGAUAAGAAUCACGCCAGCGUCGUCAUGUGGUCGAUUGCGAAUGAGCCUGCGUCGCAGGAGGUGGGAGCCCGUGAGUAUUUCGCGCCGCUGGUUGACCUGGCCCACGAGCUCGACCCAAGUCGCCCUGUUUGUUUUGCAAAUUAUGGAGACGCCACGUAUGAGGUGGAUCGGAUCUCGGAUAUGUUUGAUGUCCUCUGCCUCAACCGCUAUUUCGGGUGGUAUUCCCAAACCGGGGAGGUUGAGGAGGCCGAGGCGGCUCUCGAAAAGGAACUAUUGGGCUGGGAAGGGAAAUACGGCAAACCUAUCGUCAUAACAGAAUACGGAGCUGACACCAUGGCCGGCCUCCAUUCUGUGCUUGCUCUUCCAUGGAGUGAGGAAUUCCAGGUCCAACUACUCGAUAUGUAUCAUCGGGUGUUUGACCGCAUUGACUCAGUGGUAGGAGAGCACGUCUGGAACUUUGCUGAUUUCCAGACGGCUGUAGGGAUUAUUAGGGUGGAUGGAAACAAGAAGGGUGUCUUUACCAGGGAAAGGAAACCAAAGGCUGCAGCUCAUACAUUGAAAACACGGUGGAGUGCCGGCUUCGCAGCUAUGUGUCUUGAGCAUCGUGAGAAGAACUUCGGAUUAGCCCUGGUAAAGGCAAGGCGCAGGCGGGGCGCAGGCGGGACGCGCCGUUCACUCUUCCGUCCAUCAGAGCUGGCAGGGCCGACAACACCUGCCGGCAUAAGUUACAUACGGCCUAGGCGCCCACUAUACUUCCUAUUUGGCGCUUAA